AUGGCCGCCACCAACGGCGCCGGUGCUGACCCCGUGCACGAGCCACCCCACAAGAUCACCAAGAUGGCCCCCCUGCUCAAGGUCAAGAAGCUCUCCGACAAGGCCAUCCUGCCGUCCCGCGGCUCCGCCCUCGCCGCCGGCUACGACCUCUCCAGCGCGGUGGAGACGGUCGUGCCGGCGAGGGGCAAGGCGCUGGUGGCCACCGACCUGAGCAUCGCCAUCCCGGAGGGCACCUACGCGCGCAUCGCGCCGAGGUCGGGCCUGGCGCUGAAGCACUCCAUCGACGUGGGCGCCGGGGUGAUCGACGCUGACUACCGCGGCCCCGUGGGUGUCGUGCUCUUCAACCAUUCGGAGGUGGACUUUGCCGUGAAGCCCGGUGACCGCGUCGCGCAGAUGAUCAUCCAGGUGAUUACGACGCCAGAGAUCGCCGAGGUGGAGGACCUCGACGCCACCGUCCGUGGGGAGGGAGGACCCUCUGAAUGUGGAAUGUUAGAAAAACUCCAUCCACACACUUGGGCUACUGAUUUGCUCGAUGCUAGGUUGGUGCCAAAGAAAGAUGCAGCUAUUGGCAUUACGGUGAUGUGGGCUAUUUGGAGCAGCCGGAACAGGUUCACUCACCAUGAAGAAAGAUAUCGACCAAAGCGGUCCAUGGAGGUUAUUUCUGAAAUUGUGGGGACGCUGGAGUUUCCCCCCACGACAUACACCUGCUGCUAA